AUGUCUCGACGCACUAGUGAGUUCCGCACUUGUCAAGACUUAGCAAAUUCCUUCUCCUCAGACGAUGACUACGAUCAACGCGAUCAACACCGAGGUGGCAACCGUCGCGACCGCGAGUCUAUUUCUGAUCUUUAUGGAGAUGGCCACCGUCUAGGGCCUAGUGGUUUCACAUUGGGACGUUUCGGAACGUCUUUUUCUACCUCCCUUGGGCGUGAGCGUCAUCGCGAGGGAUAUCGUGAUAGAGACCGAGAUGGGGCUCAGCUCGGUGUACGCGAUACUCUACGAAACCUAUUCUCUACCUCUGCAGAUGGGCUGCGGGAGGUUAGGCAUGAUGGUACACCCCAAGGUAGGUAUGGUCGUAGCAGCCGCCAUUCGGAUCGACUAGAUGUUAUGUUUUGCUCUCGGAACCAACCGCGUUCUCCCCGCGAGGAUACCCGGAGACAUCGUCGUUCGUUGUACCCCCCUGAGUGGAACCACGAUAAUCGUAGGAGUAGGAGUGGAGAUGAAUCUGAUUCAUUUGGGUUUGCGAGCGUACCUACGCGUCAGCUUGAGGGUAUGCUGAGGGAUAUUCGGAAUGGACACUCUGGCAGAGACGACCACUGGGGCAGAGACGACCACUGGGACUGGGAUUGGGACCGGGACAGCGACAGGGACCGAGAGCGGCAUCGUCGUCCUACGCACUCUGCUGAGCGAAGCCAUGAUAACAAUAGAGACCGGACUGGAUACCUACCUGGCCCUUUUGGUUUUGCUAGUAUGUCUACAGAGCAACCUGAGAGGAUACUUGAUGACGACCGGCGCGCUGCCCACGGUGGCAACCGGAAUGGUACUAACUACGGGUCCUCUUCCCGCCCUCGACCUCGCUCCCCAUCACGCUCGCAUAACCGCGAAGAUGACAUCCUACCCUUUAGCCGGCGGCGGGCUCGCGAAACCCCCGAACUCUUCUCCAGCUCCGAAUUCGACGAAAUCCUCCAGGAUAUGGAAACAAGUCGCGGCCACUACCGCCUAGACGGUAACAGCAACACAUUCUCCGGGCGCAAUCCCUCUCGCGCCGCAGCCCUAACCACAGCUUCCACCCAGCGCCUGAAUCCCACGACAGCAGAUUCAACUAUCCCCACUGACCUCGAGGAUGUCCCACUCAUCGCAACUGGCGCCCGCAUCGACACCUCGCGCUAUACAACCGCGGUGCGGAAUCCGCCUGCCGGCGAAACUUGUGCCAUCUGCCUUGAUCUAGAGAAAGACGGUGAUGGGUUGCGCAAACCGCAGGGUUGUGAGCACCUGUUUCAUCUGGGGUGUUUAGAUGAGUGGGUUAAUGGUAUUGCCGCUAAUAGUAAUCGGUGCCCCGUAUGUAGGAAGUAUUUUACGCGCAAGCGGAGGGAUGUUAGGAUGGGGGGAUAG